AUGUCCAACUACCUGCCGAUCCUCAUGGAUAUGGACAUGGGCAGCUCGUCCAGCUCCGACUCUUCCAACUCGACGAGCACCUCGAGCGACUGCAAAGUCUCGAUGCUGUUCAACACGUAUACCAUCGACGCCUGCUUCCUUUCAUCCGACUGGCACAUCACUUCCAAAGGCAUGUUUGCCGGCUCAGUCAUCGGUAUCUUCUUUCUCUGUGUCCUCAUCGAGGCUGUAAGAAGACUGGGUCGAGAAUAUGAUCGAUGGCUCGUCAGGAAUGCGGCUACAAGCUGCUGCCCUAGCGUUGUCAGCCCUGCCAGCCUUUCAGAGCUCGGCAAGGAUGACGGGGUGAACGUUGCCAAGCCUGUGAUUCAAUACGUUCCCUCUUGGCCACACCAGCUGCUGCGUAGUUUUGUAUACGGUAGUCAAUUCACAGCGAGUUUUAUGGUUAUGUUGACGGGGAUGUACUUUAACAUUUGGAUGCUCAUUGCCAUCUUUAUCGGUCAAACAGCCGGCUACUUUUUCUUCGGAAGAGAUACCGUAUCUGGGGAACUGGAGCAGUCAUCACAUGGCAAUUGCUGUUGAUGCAGAGAAGUCGAUGUGUAGUAUCGUAGUUAUAAAGGGUGGUUCGUUUUAUAUAUAUUUUCUGCCAGCGCCAUGCAGCCCCAUCUCAUCAGUAUUUUGAACAUGUUCGGUCCCUGUAGAGUAGAAUUGAACAGGACGAUCCAGGGACAAUGAAGCAAUAAAGAUAACCCAAGUACAUG